CCAUCAUCCUUUCUUUCAAACAACAAAGGGCCCAAAAUGACGACAUCUUUGGCUGAUUGGAUAUCAUCAGCCACUGCAACGAUCUUUAAUGUUACGUUGGAUAGAUCGAUAGCAGAGUCAAGUCAAUGGAAGAGAGUGUACCUAAAAGAAUUAGCAGAAGAAUUGAAAGAAGAGAACAAAGGGACACUACCUCCAAUUACUGGCGAAAUAGCCGAUAGAGUCUUAAUCGCUAGACUAUCUUUGGAUCCUUCCGAAACAAUGACGGAGGACAAUGAUAAACUAUCUGUACUGGCAAAUCUACCUAAGGGACAGACAUCAUUCGACUAUUUGGCAGGCGCUUGGAAACGGAGUAGGUCACAACAAGGACUUAUCCGGAAAUCACUAUCUUCAGAGGACGCACCUAAAGCGCAAAUCACACUCGAUGAGACUAGAGUGCUGAUCAUAUCCUAUCUUGGCUUGGUGAUCAUGACGCCGGACAUGUUUGCCAAUGCGUCAAAACCUUCGUCAUCACAAUUGAGACAGAAAACUGUCUCGCCUUUGUGCCUGGUUCCCUCUCUACUACGACAAGGAUCGGGAAGUUUAGCUUCGACUGCUGACCCAUACGCUUCUACACCGACACAAGUCUCGAGCCUCUCAGACGGGGACGAUAAUCGAUGGGCCGUUUUUGCAGCACACGAAUUGCCUGACGUAUUAUCUGAAUUGGCAAAACGUUUCGAUGGAGAGGGCUUGGAGGAUAUCGUUGGACCUGCACUUUCUGAGAUCGGAAGGCAGGUGCUGCAGGGUCCAGAUGAUGGUACGACAACCUCACUCAAUCAGCCAACACCAUCGACUUCAAAUGGAGGACCUGGUGGAAACAACGAGGCUUUGAAUGCUGCUGCAGCAGCUGGCGAUGUACGUGCAGUCUUGGCUCAUCUUUUAGGUCAGCAACCAGGUGGUGGCGCAAACGCAGCAGGUGGCGCAAAUGCAGCUCCUACAAACCAGAAUAACCCAACGCAAGGCGGGGAAGGAAUUCACCUAGGGUCGAUGGAAUGGACGACAUACGUAAAUGCAUUCUUGGAUUGCUCGAAUAUCAAACCAAUCGCAGUAAGCAUAACGAAGCUCGAUAAUUUCAAUCCUGCCAAUCUCAAUGGGCCAUCUUUUGAGCGAAACAGUGUUCUUGGACCGAUUUUGCGUUUGUCCUCCUUCGCUGAUUCGUCACCUGCGAUAUGUCGAGACUUCUUUGGAGAUCCUUCCGCGAAAGCGACUAUGUAUGGAUCUCAGACUACUCUGCGAUCUACUUUGACAACUAUACAUGGACUUCACUUUAAGCUCUUCAACAACCUCAUUCGAUCUGGCGGCGCUGAAAGUCGAGAAGCCGUUCUUGCAUACUGGGGUACAGCUUGUGAGCUGAACAAAAAGAGAGGAGCGAUGCGAGUGCGGUCGAAAGAGGUGUCGUCCGAUAGCUUUAUGGUGAAUCUGUUCGAACUAGUGAUGCGCUUCUGUGAGCCGUUCAUGGAUCUGAAUUACUCAAAGAUUGACCGGAUCGAUGCAGAAUAUCUAAGGCGGCAAAAGCGUUUCCAAGUGGACGACUUGACAAGAUUGAAUGCGAGUGAGCCAGAAGCGAAAAAGUGGGCCGAAGAAGCUUCUGCCUCUACCACACCGCCAAACUUCAUCACAGAAUGCUACUUCAUCGGUUUACGACUUCUCAACCUUGGCCCAUGCAAAGCUAUCCGAUCUCUGAACGAAAAAGCAGAGGAAAUGCGAAGACUUAAGAAGCGCGUGAAGGAGGUCGAACAAGAUCGAGCUUCAUGGAGCUCUUCACCACAAGCUAUGCAAUACGAAGUAUUCUUAAAACGUGCACAGGCCGAGGUCACAAGAAUGGAGUCUGAGCUUCUUGCUACUGAAGUUCAAUUGCUCGAUGACGAUUUCGUAAAUCGACUUGUGAUUUUGGUCAGCUUUAUUAUGACCUGGCUCGUACGUGUUGCGGAUAACGGUGGAAACCACCCUCAUACAACGGUCAAGCUUCCAUUAAGCAAAGAUGUUCCAGUCUUAUUCCGAAUGCUCCCUGAACACAUCUUUGAGGAUGUUUGCGAGGUCUUGCUAUUCUUUGGUCGGUACAAACCCAACGCUUUGACAGAACCAGCAAAGAAGGAUCUGGUUACGUUCUGUACGACAUUCUUGAGUUCAGGAUGGUUCAUCACGAACCCUUUCUUGAAGGCGAAGCUUGUGGAGAUCCUUUUCUAUAACGUUCUUCCUUUCGGUCAAGCAAGUUCGGGUGUGGUUGGAGAUUUGAUCAACUUCCAUCCUCUUGCUUUGGAACAUCUUGUACCAGCUUUGAUGUCUUUCUGGAUCGAGGCCGAAUCCACAGGGUCGCACACGCAAUUCUAUGACAAAUUCAACAUUCGUUACCAUCUAUCGCGAAUCUUCAAAACGGUUUGGAACAAUGCAAAACACAAGGAACGAUUGAAUUCGGUAGCCAGUGCUGAUGAUGAUCGUUUUGCUGUCUUUGUCAAUCGUCUGUUGAACGAUGUGACGUUCUUGCUUGAUGAUGCUUUGGAAAAGUUGGUUGAAUUGCGCAAUAAGCAGGUCGAAAUAGAUAGCCAAGCAUUCGCACAACGUACAGCCGAAGAAAGGAGCGAAGUGGAAGGCCACGCUCGCGGGUUGGAAGGACAGAUCAGGAGCAUGCUUGAAUUCGGAAAUGAAUUCAUGGAAAGACUGAUCGACUUUACUGGCGAGGAAGGAAGGACGAAGGAUGCCUUUAUGCAGAGUGAGAUCGUUGGACGUUUAGCCAGUAUGUUAGAUUUCAACUUGGAUUUGAUGGUAGGAGAGAAAUGUCAAGAAUUAAAGGUGAAAGAUCCAAAGAAGGUCGGUUUCCAUCCUCGUGAAUUACUCAAAAAGAUUUUAAGAGUGUAUAUGAAUCUGGCAAAAAGACCAGAAUUUGUCAAAGCUAUUUCGGCUGACGGAAGAAGUUAUCGACAAGCAACGUUUGAGAAGGCGAUCAGGAUUGCAUACAAGUAUAUGUUGUAUGGUGGACCUGAAUUGGACGUGAUUAAAACGAUGGUUGAACAAGUUGAAAAAGUACGUCAAGAAGAAGCAGAAGAAGAUGAAGAACUUGGAGAAAUUCCAGAUGAAUUUUUGGAUCCAUUGAUGGCCACUUUGAUGACCGAUCCUGUCACACUACCUUCUAGUAAGGCAAUCUUGGAUCGUUCUACGAUCAAGAGUCAUUUAUUGUCAGAUCCAACAGAUCCAUUCAAUAGAGCACCUUUGAAAUUGGAAGAAGUACUUCCAGCAACGGAUCUCAAAGCUCAAAUUGAGGCUUUCCGUUUGGAGAGGCGACAAGCUCGUCAACAAAGUAAGAUGGAAGAAUAGCCGUCCAUUGUACAUGCGUGAUAGAUUAUAGCAUUUCACAUAAUAUAAUACAUUAUCUUUUGUUCAACUUGCGGUAUGUACGAUGUUUUGCACGCAGAUCAAUGUCUGUUGCAUACCGGAUUCUACGUCUGU